AUGAAUGCCUGGUUGCAUUUUGGAAAGAGCGAUUACCUGCUCUUCGAAACGUGGAGACCUUCGUCUAAUGGUGCCAUCGCCGGUACAUGUAUAGCUAUCUUUGCGUUCGCCAUUUUCGAUCGCUCUCUCGCUGCAUUGCGUCGCACUCGGGAGGAUCAUUGGAAAACAAGGUUGGUGCAUACACAUAAAGGCUUCCAACUUAUCAACGCAUUAUCUGCGCUAGACGGAGGAAAGGCUGUAGGGACUGGGGAGGUUGUGGGAGAAGUUCUUUCGACCGACUCCCCGCACGACGCCAAAAAUAUCUCCCGCGCUACCCUGAGGUCCAUUCCCCCCUUCGUACCAUUCCAUGACAUCCCUCGUGGGAUUAUUUAUGCCAUUCAGACGGCGUCUUCUUACAUCCUGAUGCUAACAGUCAUGACGUUCAAUGCGGCCUACAUUAUCUCCAUCAUUUUGGGAUUGGGUGUGGGAGAGGUUUUGUUUGGACGUAUUGCGCCUGGGCCAAGUACCCACCCGGCACAUUAG